CGGCAAAACGCCUGGGGAAUUGUAGGGAAGAGGAAGCCAGCCGGCUCUCUGUCUGCCUGCUCCAACUUCCUGCUCAGAAAGAGAAAAAGAAGCCAGGAUCCUAUUUCAGUCCAGCAGAGCCGUGUAGCCUAGCUAGACGGUCAGUCAGUCAGCAUGGAAAAACAAGGGGUCAUACACAUAUCAUCAUAAACGUUUUCAAGGACUGGAAGGAAAGGCAAACAAGAGAUCGCAGGUAUGGACAGUGCCAUCACGUUGUGGCAGUUCCUGUUGCAGCUGUUGUUGGACCAGAGCCACAAGCACCUGAUCUGCUGGACGUCGAACGAUGGGGAGUUUAAACUGCUCAAGUCUGAGGAGGUGGCCAAGCUGUGGGGGCUCCGCAAGAACAAGACUAAUAUGAACUACGACAAGCUGAGCAGAGCUCUGAGAUACUACUAUGACAAGAACAUUAUCAAGAAGGUGAUCGGACAGAAGUUUGUCUACAAGUUUGUCUCGUUCCCGGAAAUCUUAAAGAUGGACCCAGCAGCAGUAGAGAUGGGCUUGGCUUCCGGUCGGGUGACGCUCCACGAAGACCAGGACAUCCAGGACCUGGAUGUAGAGGAGGAGGAGGAAGAGGAGGAGCUACAGCAGCAGCAGAGGAGGGCCCUGGGGGCGGCGUUGGGGGCGGCUGCGGUGGCCCAGCAGGCUGCGUGUCAUAACAAGUACUUCGGCUCUGGCCUCUACUCCUCCUUCAGCAUCAACACCCUCCAUUCUCCUCCAGAGGAGCUGCUCCGGGCCCUGAGGGAGAGACAGCAGGACGAGGCCCGCUCCGGAGUCAUCCGAUUUGGGACGGGUACCACCGAGAGUACUCCACCCUCACCGUCCCUCAUCAACCCUGAGCCUUCAUCACAAUCCUUCAGCACCCACAGGCCAUUCAAACCCUCCUCUCUCCACCAUUACACCCACCACUCCCCGCCCUCCUCCUCCCCCCACAGCCAUAACCCCCAGCCAGGGCCAGGCCGAGGAGGCUGGAGCCCAGAGGCUGAAGAGGAGGAGGGGGAGGACUCAGACCAGGGAGCCCAGCCUCUGAAUCUCUCUUCUGGGCAUAGAGAGAGAGAGCAGGCCCUGCAGCCUCCGGAGAAGAGGACCAGUGGUGGUAGUAGUCAUGGAGACAGUUGUCAUGGACUCCCACCCAAAACCAAUAAGCCCAAAGCCCUAGAGAUCUCCGCCCCCUCCCUGCUCUUGACAGGAAGUGACAUCGGCUCGAUAGCCCUCAAUAGCCCCUCCCUACCGUCCGGAUCCCUCACCCACGCCUUCUUCACUGCACAGACUCCAUCUGGUCUGCUGCUGGGCCACAGCUCUCUGUUAUCAGGUGUCCACUUCUGGAGCAGCCUAAGUCCCGCAGCCCCUCUGAGCCCGGCCAGGCUUCAAGGACACGGAUCACUGUUUCAGUUCCCCAGUCUAAUGAAUGGACACCUCCCCCUGUCAAACUUGGACGGGUCCCCCUCACCUCUGCUCCUGUCCCCUGCCAAUCACAAGUCAUGAUUCAGGCUCUCAAAACCCAAUGCAGCCCAUUGGACCUACUGCCACAUGCAUCAGCAACUCUUCAUUGUGAAUUCCCAUCAGCCUUCACUUGAUUUUCCUCCAAAUGAUUUGGAGUCUCAAC